GGCCCAGUAACAGAGAUACCCCAGAGAGAUGUCCCCGUCCUCUGUAUUCCCAGGAUUGUACAGAGGAGUAUCACAGGACCCCACAGGAGGAUCAGGUAGAACGUCUUUCUUGUAUAAAGGCAGAAGAUAUAAGGAGAGAAGAAGAGACAUAUGUGACUGAUAUAAAGGCAGAAGAUAUAGAGGAAGAAGAAGAGACAUAUGUGACUGAUAUAAAGGCAAAAGAUAUAGAGGGAGAAGAAGAGAUGUAUGUGACUGAUAUAAAGGCAGGAGAUAUAGAGGGAGAAGAGGAGACAUAUGCGACUGAUAUGAAGGCAGAAGAUAUAGAGGGAGAAGAAGAGACGUAUGUGACUGAUAUAAAGGCAGAAGAUAUAGAGGGAGAAGAAGAGACGUAUGUGACUGAUAUGAAGGCAGAAGAUAUAGAGGAAGAAGAAGACACGUAUGUGACUGAUAUAAAGGAAGAAGAUAUAGAGGGAGAAGAAGAGAAGUAUGUGACUGAUAUAAAGGCAAAAGAUACAGAGGAAGAAGAAGAGACGUAUGUGACUGAUAUAAAGGCAGAAGAUACAGAGGGAGAAGAAGAGACGUAUGCGACUGAUAUGAUGACAGAAGAUACAGAGGGAGAAGAAGAAACGUAUGUGAGGGGUGAUCAGCAGUGUAAGGAGGAGGAGAUCCCUACAGAUAUCAGCACAGGAGAUGGACACACAAGCAGGAAUAUCUCAGAAGGACAUCUAAUGUUAUCCCCGGAUUGUGACAUAAAAGAUAAUGACAGUAGACAGGAUUCUCCAGGAGAUAACCCCAUUACCCCAAUUAUACAUCCAGCUCUAUCAGCUGAUCCCUCUGAUCCUGGGAAAUGUUCUCCUGAUCACUCUGAUAUUGGUGCAUCUGUUACAGCUCUGAGAGUAGAUUCAGUGUUUCCUUGUUCUAUAGAUGCACCAUGUUUUACACAGAACACAAACCGUAUUACUCAUCAGCCAGCUAAGGCAGGUGAGAGGCCAUUUCCAUGUUCUGAGUGUGGGAAAUGUUUUACAUAUAAAUCAUAUCUUGUUACACAUCAGAGAAGUCACACAGGUGAGAAGCCGUAUUCCUGUUCUGAGUGUGGGAAAUGUUUUGCACAGAAAUCAGCUCUUGUUACACAUCAGAGAAGUCACACAGGUGAGAAGCCAUUUUCAUGUUCUGAGUGUGGGAAAUGUUUCGCAUAUAAAUCAGAUCUUGUUACACAUCAGAGAAGUCACACAGGUGAGAAGCCGUAUUCCUGUUCUGAGUGUGGGAAAUGUUUUGCACAGACAUCAGCUCUUGUUACACAUCAGAGAAGUCACACAGGUGAGAAGCCAUAUUCCUGUUCUGAGUGUGGGAAAUGUUUUUCAUUGAAAUCACAUCUUGUUAGUCAUCAGAGAAGUCACACAGGGGAGAAGCCAUAUUCCUGUUCUGAGUGUAGGAAAUGUUUUGCACGGAAACCAGCUCUUGUUAUACAUCAGAGAAGUCACACAGGUGAGAAGCCGUAUUCCUGUUCUGAGUGUGGGAAAUGUUAUUCAUCGAAACCAGAUCUUGUUAUACAUCAGAGAAGUCACACAGGUGAGAAGCCAUUUUCCUGUUCUGAGUGUGGGAAAUGUUUUUCAUCGACAUCAGUUCUUGUUAAACAUCAGCGAUUUCACAGAUGAGAAGCCAUUUUCAUGCUGUGAGAGAAAUAAAUCUGCUCUUGUUGAACAUAUUAGACAUUACCCAAGUACGGAACCAUUUACAUCUUCUGGAGUAUAAUUAUCACUGCCGUCCAAUGUUCCUCAAGGGUGAAUCCUAUCUCCUAUGCUUUAUGCAAUAUAAAUGCUACCACUGGGUGAUAUAAUCAGACGUCUUGGCCUGGUCUACCACUGCUAUGCAGAUGACCUGCUUUUUGCUCCAUGUACUGAGAACCUAAUACCAAUCCUAAAUGGUUGUCUAGCUGAGCGCCAGGGGUGGAUGAUACCAGUUGGCUGUGACUCAGUCUUUGUGAAACAUAAUAGAAGCUCCCGAACAAAGGACAAGACUACAGCUUUACCAACCAUCUGGAUUUAUGCUUUGGUGUUCAGAAUUGCAAAAUACUAAACAUGUGCUGAAUCUUUGUGUUGUCCUGGUAUGUGGCUGACACAGACAUCAGGUAUCUGCCACAUACUAAUCCUCAUUCUUCCAUCUGUGGACCAUAGCCAGAAUCAAGCACUUGAUUCCCUCAGAAGUUCAUAGACUACUGCAAUGCCAUCUACCUGGGUCACCCAGCAAAAGAAUUACAGAGCUUGCAGCUAGUACAGAAUGCAGCAGCCAAGCUGUUACCUAACCAGCCCGUUCCUGCCUCCUAACACCCAUUCUCUAUUCCCUUCACCGGCUGCCUCUAAGAUGACAAAUCUAUUUCAUAAUUGGCUAACUGACCUUCCCAGCCCAACAUUACAUGGUCCAAGGAACUAGAAGCAGCUUCUGCCUCCUUACUGCCCUGCUUGCUUGCUUCUACAGAUGGACUGUUACCAGCAGUACCAAGAAUCUCCUGUCAUUCAUUUAUGGGUUGAACGUUUAGCUUUGACCAUGGAACUCACUGCCUUGCACAGUCCAAGAGGCCUCCACUCUAGAGACCUUCACAAGCAGACUGAUGACUGUUACUCACGCUUUUCAUUAAUGUACCUCUAUUUACUUCCUAAAUAAUACAUCCCAAAUGCUUAGGUCUUUUUUCUGCUGUUUAUUUUGUAUCUUGUGCUUUGUGUAAAUGUGAAUGUCUAAUACCAGUUUCCACAAUCUGUAUUGCUGCACGACAAUAUGGCGGCCAUUGGAACGUGUUUUCACUUCUUCUAGUUUGCCUAACUUGUUGCAGACACUCAUCUUGAUCAGGAGUGUCGAGUGUUUUCUUAUACAAGAUCCUGUCCAUAUAUACCCUGUACAUUAUCAUGUGCAUUAGAGUCACCCGGGUUCCAUCUGCGGUGGUUUGUUGUAUGUUACAUCUAUAUGGUGCGGAUACUCCCCUGUAUUUCAUAAUAAAAGCUUUU